CGCCUCCCUCGGACUUCCCGGCCGUGGCAGGGCGCUGUGGCCGCGGCGGCUCCCAGCCCGCCCCCAGUGCUGCGAGCGCACACCGCGGGCUCGCCCCGCUCGCUCGGGCGACUGAUUUCCCCGCUGCCGGACUCGGUUCGGUUCCGCGGGCCCCGCAGCCGCCGGGCGGGAUUCCCCGGCGAGCCCCCGGCCGAGCUGAUGUCCGCCGCGCCCGUCCGCUCCCCGACGCUGCGGCCGCACAGGAUGAAGAAAGAGGAGUCGUUCCUGGGCAAGCUCGGCGGGACCCUGGCCAGGAAGAAGAAAGCCAAGGAGGUGAGUGACCUCCAAGAAGAAGGUAAAAAUGCCAUCAAUGCACCAAUGAACCCAAGCACUGUGGACAUCCAUCCAGAAGACACACUAUUAGAGGAGAAUGAGGAACGCACUAUGAUCGAUCCUAACUCAAAAGAAGACCCCAAGUUCAAGGAGCUGAUCAAGGUUCUAAUUGACUGGAUUAAUGAUGUGCUGGUGGAGGAGAGAAUCAUUGUCAAACAGCUUGAAGAGGACCUGUAUGAUGGGCAGGUGCUGCAAAAGCUGCUGGAAAAAUUGGCUGACCGCAAACUGAAUGUGGCGGAGGUGACACAAUCUGAAAUUGGUCAGAAGCAGAAGUUGCAGACGGUCUUGGAAGCUGUCCAUGAUUUACUCCGACCCCAUGGCUGGACAAUCAAGUGGAACGUUGACUCCAUCCACGGCAAGAAUUUGAUUUCCAUCCUGCACCUUCUGGUGGCUUUGGCCAUGCAUUUCCGAGCUCCCAUCCGGCUGCCUGAGCACGUGUCUGUGCAGGUGGUGGUUGUACGGAAACGUGAAGGCCUCCUUCAGACCACUCAUGUUUCAGAGGAGCUGACAACCACAACAGAGAUGAUGAUGGGAAGAUUUGAGCGUGAUGCCUUUGACACUCUUUUUGAUCAUGCACCAGACAAGCUCAGCGUAGUCAAGAAGUCUCUGAUCACCUUUGUGAACAAACACUUGAAUAAACUCAAUUUGGAAGUUACAGAGUUGGAAACCCAGUUUGCAGAUGGUGUUUACUUGGUUUUGCUCAUGGGUCUCCUUGAGGACUAUUUUGUUCCUCUUCACAACUUUUACUUAACACCUGAAAGUUUUGAUCAAAAGGUGCACAAUGUUUCUUUUGCUUUUGAGCUGAUGCAAGAUGGAGGCCUGAAGAAGCCAAAAGCUCGCCCUGAAGAUGUUGUCAACUUGGACCUGAAGUCGACCCUCAGGGUUCUGUACAACCUUUUCACCAAGUACAAGAACGUUGAGUGAUCCUGGAAGCUUCUGAGCUUCAGCUCUUCAUCCUUCAACCUCCCCAGGCAGAAGUUACAAAUAAACACGCCCUCUGCAUGCUCCCAUUGUGCCUUACGCUAUGUACUUCAUGUGUUCUUCCUACAGCUGAUGUGUUCUUUCUGUAGCUGUUUGCAAGACAAUCCCACUAAAAAUGAUGCAUGUGUAUUCUCUAGGUCACUUGAAAAUGUGUAGGUAUUUCACACUUUUGCCAAAUGGAUCUGUUGUUUGCUAUAACCCACAAAUGUUCUUUUGAGGAAGGAAAUAUACCACUAACUACUUUAAUAGGCAGGGAAAACAUGAGACUUUCCUCAUGGCUCAAGAUUCUUUACUUCCACAGAAGACUUUCUUUUGCAUACUCCUUGGUUGCAACUGGCAUUUGAUGAUAUUCCAGGCUUAGAGUGUUAACAAUAGAAAAUCACCUUCGGAAUUUAUUUAGAAGCUGAGCCUUUUCUUUUAAAUAAGGGUUUGUGUGUUCUGUUGGGUGGGUUGGCUGAGGGGAAUUACAGGCACUGUCUGAAGCUAAUGGCAAAAGCUUCAGUUUUUGUGUUCACCUCUUUCUACUCAGUGUUACUUCCAUUCAGUGUUUACACAGAAUAAGUCUUGCAAUGGGAUGACCAACUAAUCCUUUGGUGUCUAUUUUUUAUUUAAUCUCUUUUCUAUGAGAAAAUUUGGUUGCUAGGGCCACUGUCACCUGUUAGGCAGCUUCAGUCAGGUUGGUCCAGAGCUGGUCACACAGGCACAGGCUGGAUAAGUGCAUUUUCCCCUGUCCUUCCUGAAACUAACAGAGGGAAUGUGCUGGAGCAGGAGCCAUCUGAGUGGAUUUUUGAGGAGAGCUUUGUGGAGGAAGUGGGGAUUGGCAUUUCCAGAGUAAAUGAUAUGUAGAAUAUGUAUUCAAUAUCACCCUUUUCCUUUGAGCACACAGAGGAGAGAUUUGAUUGCUGCUUUUAUGUAUCACAGCAGCAACUUUUGUUUUAUGGGCAUCCAUUCCUUUGGCUGAAACACUAGGCAGAGUGCCCUGAAGGAGAGCAAGUGCAAUUGCUCUGCUCCAUAGGCUCACUUGAGUCCUGUUGUAAGUCAGCAUCUUCUUUCCCUAAAUAUCAGUUUUUUUACACCAAACAUUAUUUGCCUUUGAGCUCAGAUUCAAGAGGAAACAUGCUAUUUGAACGGUAUAAUUUUACAGCUGGGAUUUUCUCCUUCCCUUCUCAAGCAGUUUUUCAUCACAGAGGGAGAGAAAUGAGCUUCUGCUUCUUUGCUUUGUAUUUUUGGGUUCUGAGUUCUAGUAUUUGGAUUACUUGGAUCACCUCCCGUUACACCUCUAAAAAAAAAGAAAGAUGGAAGGAAGUUGCCCUUUUUUUGCAUGAAAAAUUCAGAUCUCCUCUGCUCUGCAAGGCUCUCUGGGGAAUCUUUGCAUGCCUGUUCUUUCAGAAGGAGCUGACCUCUCACUGUUUAUACUGAGCCUGGAACAAGCAUGUGCAGUUCAGAUGGGGCCACUAAACUCUACCACAACACCAACAGAGGAGACUUGUACCAGGAGAGCUGCUAAGGCCUGGUGGACAACUCUCUCCUGGCAGGUGAAGGAAAUUGGUCUGACUUUUGUGCUGAGAAAUAAAGGUAUCACGAGGCUGGAAGGUCACUGAGCUGAAAAGUCUCUCAAACUUUUAGUUUAAUGCAGGGUUAUUUGCAGGAAGCAAGUCUGUUAAAGAGUUGUUAUUCCAUCCUCCUUCCUUCAGGUCAUGUGGAGGUGCCAGCUCUGUUUAUAUUCUCUGAGUUGCUGGGAAAGACCUCCAGAGAGUGUAGUUUUUGAAAUUGCAAGCAGUAUUAAUAUCAAAAGCAAACAGAAGAUAAAAAGAAGAGAUGGGUGAGGGUGAUUUGGCUUUAGAAAGGAGAAUGGUCGUUUCUGAGCUGGGAUCAUAGAGCUGGCAUCUUCAGGGCACAUAAGCAGAGGUGAGCAGGUUAUGACAGGUUAUAAAAGAGUGUCGGUUUUGUUGAAAUCUGUGUUUCUGGGCCCCUUGCUGCAACCACGGGUCUCCUUUAGCAUUCCUUCUGUUAAUAUCCCUGUCAGCUGGGACUGGUCCUGGAUCAGGAAUCACAGCCUGUUCUGUUGUGGUCUUGUUUGUUGGUAGAUGUUGCACAGGGAAAAUACUUUUUUCAUUCCUUGGCUCCUGGCUGUCUGGCCAGCUCACUGUUCUGUAGACACUGUAUUUAUUGUUAACCAGAUUUGUGAGCAGGGCAGAUUGAACUGAUGCAUGGCUUCAUCCCAGUGAGCCCAGUUUCCAGGAGGAGCCAUGUAGGUAAAGCUUCUCUGAACACCUGCUUUUGUCAUGCCUUUCUGUGACACAUGCACCAUAAUUCUUUGCCACUCAGAAAGUUGAGUCAGUGUUAAAAAUGUUAUUCAUUAUAUUUUUGUGUUACUGGGGUUUUACAUAUGGGUACCAGUCUGGAUCCUGUUGAGUUCAUCUGGAAUGCUGAAUGCUCUGCAGCAUUAAAGCUCCCACAUUUGUAAGUGCUUAAUGAAUGUCUGUCUUUUCCUGUCCAUACAACUUGACUUUUAGGUGCAUUUACUUGACACACUCAGUUACAGUGAGCUGUAUUACCACUGAAAAAGCUCAGAUAGUCCUCAGCUGCAUUCUGUUUUUCAAGAUGAAAAAUGGACAGUGGCAGAUUUUUUUAAACCAAUUUAAACUGUCUAGGAUUUCUUACUCCUCUUCCCCACACCCCAGUACUUUCAGUAUUAAUGUGUUUUUAAAGAGUCUUUUCUACUGUUUUUAACAGUGUUUACUCUGGAUUUGUAACUACUAAAAACCAGCCUUGCAGAUAAAAUUCUGGGCUUGUCAUAUGUUGGAGAUAUCCAUCUUAGUGACGAGAAUUGUUUACUGUAAGCAAGUUACAAUGCAAUGCUAUGUUUCCUAAAAUUCACAGCAGGAGUGUUUAUGCAUGGUUUUUAACAGUUGUACUAUUUAUUCAAAUAAACAAAUAAUGAUCACUA